AUGCAUGACGGAGCUUCUAUUUACAGGGCACAUCGGGUCAGGCAGUUUUUUGAGAAGGAAGAGGUGCCGGUUAUGGACUGGCCGGCAAAGUCCCCGGACUCAAAUCCUAUAGAAAAUCUCUGGGGUCUGUUGGCACGUGCUGUAUACGCUGUUUGUCGUCAAUUUGACAACGUCGAAGAGCUUAAAGAGGCCGUUUGGGAAGCCUGGGAUAACAUCACAACGGACACACUGAAAUCCCUUUUGGGGUCCAUGCAACGACGCUGCACGGACUGUUAUCUUGCCAAGGGAGGUGCGACGAAGUACUGA